AUGGAGACUCCUUUGCUGUCAUCAGAGAAAAGUGACAAAGGAAGUGAAAGAUGGAGUACAUACGAACACGUAGGCCGUGCCGGGUUGGCAAUUCCAACGGCUUUCAUGGCUGGAACCGAAGCGAGCGUCGAUGAAAUUCGAUCCGCCUCUGCUUUUUCUGACCCGUACCCGCCUUCUUUACACGCCCCUUUGGUUGGUUCCUCCGAAUUACACCACCUCUAUCCUAACGCACAAGGGACUGGUUAUCCUCAAGGCGGAUAUCAUGGACAUUUAGGAACGACGGCUGAUGUAAGCAGGCAAGUAUUGGAUGAGGUAGAAAUACGAGAACUACUCAUAGAUCAUGUCGGUCAUCGUUGUUGUUGGGGAAGUCGUCCUGCUCGGACUUGGAAUAUACAUGCUGUUGAAGAUUGCAAUGUUUACACGGGAACUCUGGAGACUUUUAUUGAAGAAAGGGAAACAAUAACAGAAAAGGAACCAUACUCUGGUGGAAACAUUGAUGGAAAAAAUGAGGGGCCUGAACUUGGAAUAUGGGAAUUGGAUUUAAGGUCUGAGUUUCCUGUACUAUUUAUAUCUCAUAAAGAGUCACGAACCAAAAUUCCUCAUUCAGAAGCCAUUGAGAAAUGCUCAGGUUGUGCAGGACGUGGAAAUUUUGUGUGUCCCACUUGCAAUAAAGAUCAAGAGCCUGAUUCAUAUAAGGAGAAUCAGAUGUCUCCAUGUCCUACUUGUUAUGGAAGAGGUUUGAUUGCUCAUAGAGAUGGAUCAGAUACAAUGUGUCUCAAAUGUAAUGGUAAGGGAACAAUUCCUUGUGCAAACUGUGGAUCGCGUGGGUUAAUAAAAUGUGAGACAUGUCAAGGCGGUGGCUCUCUUCUAACUCGCCAAGUGGCUGUCAUUAGAUGGAAGACACUGUCAGCUAGGAAAGUAAGUGCAGAAAGUGGUGCAGCUUCAGUUCCAGACGACGUAUUCCACCGAGCAAAAGGAGUGCAGUUGUGCAAUAAUCAGGCCUACCAGUGUGCUCCUGCAUUUUUUGCAGAUUCAUACUUCCUCAACAAGUUUUCUUCGGAAGUAAUUGCAGAGAGGGCACCUGUACCUACAACUGCAAGGGUCAUAUGUGAGAGACAUACAAUCUCUGUUGUCCCGGUGACUCGUGUAACCAUGACUCAUCGCAAUCGCUCCUUCAGUUUCUAUCUUAUCGGAACUGGACGAGAAGUGUAUUUAAAAGAGUCCUAUCCUUCGAGAUUUUGCUGGGGGCUUUGCCCUUGCUUGGAAUGGUUGAAGUUAUAG